AUGGCUUACUUGAUUGAGCUGGGGGUGCAGGCGCCGCAAGCUCAUCAUUGGCAGUGCGGAGACAGCACCUUGACCAUUGAUUGGGCGUGCCAUGAUGCUACUAGGAAGGUUUGGCAUUGGCUUUUGCCACUGUGGGAAACUGUCCAGUUGCAGAGAGUGUCCCUCUUAGAAGGUGCUAGGGAUCUGGGUUCGGGAUUAGACCUCACCGGUUUGUGGCAGACACAACAAGUACUUAGCAGUGAUGAUCUGGUGUUUGCUUCAGACGCUUCAGGUGGCCCAGGGGGCCGGGACCUCCGUUCUGCUUGUGUGGCUUGGGCCAUUGGGGCCUAUGAGAUCACGGAUGAUGGGCCCCGCCGUGUUGCGAGCAUCACCUCUUUUCCGCAGCGGCCCUUGUCGGUUGCGGGGGCGGAGCAGCAAGCAGCCUAUGAACUUUUCGCCCGCGUCUCAGGUACCUUCGACUUGACGGUGGACUGCAAAGCUGUUGCUCAGGUUGUAACUAAAAAAUCCCCGCCUUUUGAGGGACCUACUCCAUGGGGUUUGGUUUGGUCUGAGCGAGCUAGGGCUCGCAUUACCUGGGUGCCCAGUCACAAAGAUCCCAAGUAUUAUGCUGAUAGGGGCAUUCCUGAAUGGAGGCGUCGUGUCAACGCAGAUGUUGAUGCACUCUGUGGCCAGCGCGCUGCUGGGGUUUUUCAGGCUGCAACCAAGCCGGACCUAGUUUCCCCUAGCGCUGCAACUGGUGCUACCAAGGCCACCAAACCUCUCAACAAGAAGCAGAGAAUGUUGGCGAGGCUUUCAGGCGACGAGGAUUCACUGGGUCACCAGUGGGUCAAGGGAGCCGAGGGCUCCACCAACAUGACCAUGAAGUGUGCAAUUUGUGGAUUGUACUUGCAGCAAAUCAACGAUUUGCCCAGCUUCGAUCGCCUUAUGCAUCACCCGUGUAAGCGUAGAGGCGACCCUUUGCAGCAAUGGAAUAUUCACAGCUCGCAUGACAUGAUCAACAUGGGAGUGCAGUGGUCGUGUGCUAAGUGUGGCAGGUUGCAACGGCCACAGCAUGCUACGGGAGCCAAAAACCUUCAAAAACCGUGUGAUGGCAGGGCUCCUGUCAGUCAGUUGGGUAAACUUGCGCAGAGUGCCGGCAACCAGUCUUUAAGUGACACAGCGCCAGCCAUUCCAGCGCAAAAGGUGGCUGUCCCUUUUGGCACUAAGAAGGGUGAACAACAAGCCGUUGAUAAGGGACCCAGGCAGGCAACUCUUAAGUUUGGUUCACCUCCUGCUCUUUUGCGCUCCCACGGUGAGCAGCACCAGCGCAACACACCGAGGAUUGAUGAAUAUGUGCACGUUUCUCUUCCAGUCUUGAGCCUUGCGGGUCUCUUGGGCAGUUGUGCUGUCUUGCGCUCCCACGGUGAGCAGCACAGGGAGAGUUACUCACAGGUGCUCAGCGGGGGUCCACUUGGGCCCAGCGCUGCCACACUGGUUUUCUUGAACUUCGAGGCGGUUCCAGAGCCUUACGGAACCGAGUCAACGCUUCACUGGCGCUAG